GUGACCGACGGAAGUACUAUCUCGACGGAAGCCCCUCAAACUUGAUAUAGCGGAAGUGUUCUUCCUCUUCCGUUCUUUUUCGUCCCGGCGGCUGGAAGAAGAUGACUAAGGGAACAUCUUCGUUCGGUAAGCGCCGGAAUAAGACGCACACUUUGUGCCGUCGAUGUGGUUCUAAGGCGUACCACCUUCAGAAGUCAACAUGCGGCAAGUGUGGAUAUCCUGCUAAACGCAAAAGAAAGUAUAAUUGGAGUGCAAAGGCUAAGCGACGAAACACCACUGGUACUGGUCGAAUGAGGCACCUAAAGAUUGUCUAUCGCCGAUUCAGGAAUGGAUUCCGUGAAGGAACAACACCUAAGCCCAAGAGAGCAGCUGUUGCAGCAUCUAGUUCAUCUUAAGGAUUCAACUGUUUUGUUAAAAUAAAUGUCCUGAAUCAAAAAAGUAA